CUCACUCUUUCUCUUUCUCUCACCCUACAGCUUCUUGUCAAUCCUUGACUAUACUCAUCGUCGUUCUUUUGAUAUAUAUAUAUACCCAUCAUGGACAUCGACAACGCUGUUGAGACGAUCGUUGAAGAGAUGAUCCCUACUACUACAGCAUCCUUUUCCGCACAGACCUUGGUCGUUUCCUACCCUUCCAACUCGUCUUCAAUAGAUUUAGAUUUUUCCUCCUCCUCCUCAUCAUCAUCAUCAUCUUCUUCUUCUUCCUCAUCUUCUCCUUCUCUACCCAUUUCUUCACCUUACUCUGUAUCAUCAACCACUUCUUAUUCUCUAUACGAAUCUUCCUCUUCUCCCUCGGCAUCACCCAAUGUCAACUACGAACAAUUCUCCAACACGUCCUAUCCCCUUCAAUCGUCAACGUAUGACCCUUAUAUCUCGUACAACUCUUCUUCUCCAGCAGAAUGGCAAUACACCGGGUCUUCCAACGUAUCACAUUCUACACUUCGUAUUGUCCUCCUCGCCGUUCCUAUCACCGUAGGGGUCAUCAUUCUCUUCGCUUUGUUAUGGUAUUGUAGACGAAGACGACGUUCCAAACGACGUCUCAAUACCCCACAUGAUAUCAAUGGCGAUGGUCCCACAAACGAAACUUCAACAAGACCGAUGAUGCGUGUGACACCUACCGACUUGGAGAAUAUAAUCACAGUACAACCUCCCCCUCUUCCUCCACGUCCUCUAGUAACGUACACUGCUCAUCAAUUUCAUAGAAACUCAAUGACAUAUACAACAGCGACAACGGAUUCCGAAGGUGAUAUGAUAGCCAACGAUGGAUCAACUAUGACUAGAACAUUAUCAACUAUAAGUGUAGGAGAUUCGGAUAUUUCAAAUGACACACCUGAUCAUCCUGGUUAUACUUUACCAUCAAGGAAUCUUACGAAUAGAAGUACUAUCCCUUCUUUGACAACUGGUACAACAUGGUCAACUUCUUCCCCUCAUUCACCUUUUACUCCGAAUACCAAUACUUCUUUUACACAUUCAUCGAUAUCUCCUUUCACCGUUGAUCCUCAUCUUCAUCAACAGCAAUAUUCUCAUUUAGAUCAAAGACAUAAUAAUCCUUUUAUCAACACUCAAUCUUCCUCCACUCACACUCACAAUCAACAUCCACAUCAACAUGGUUAUCACACGCAAACUCAAACUCAAACUCACAAUCCAUUCCUCGACCCUCGUCCUCUUAACAUUCACAAUCCUUCUUCACGCCAACCUCCUAACAUACCCCCUCCUCCUAUAUCACACUCUGGACCAUCUAGACCCAGUGAAAUGCUGAGAAGAGGAAACAGUAUCAUAUCAGAUACAUCCUACGAUUCAUACGAUACCGAACGUUCAUGGAUCCCAGGAGAUGAUACACAUACACGUUUGAAUAGAGGAGUGACCAUUGUUCGACAUCAAGAUUCGAAUUCAAAUCCUAGUUCUGCUUUUGGUAUCGGAACAAAUUCGCACGGACGUAACUUGCGUGUGGAGAGAUCAGGAGGAAAAAGAAUUGUGCAUCUUCCACCGACCUAUGGAGAAUUAUAUGGUGAUUGA